AUGUCUUUCGAUGCAAUGUUUGGGAACAACUCCUUGGCCAUGGCUGCGGCUACUUCCAAUACCAAUACCAAUACCAAUACCAAUACCAAUACCAAUACAAAUACCAAUCCCAAUCCCAAUCCCAAUCCCAGCUCGGGCCACUCCUCGCCCGCGGAUUUCGAAGUCGAGGACGAUGCGAAUAUUCUAGGAGCGCAAUGGCAGCAUGGCCAGAGUCCGUCGAAUCAGGCAUCCCAGCACCCACGAACGCCAGCGCCUCUACAGAAGCGACGAAGGGUAACUCGCGCUUGCGAUGAGUGUAGGAGAAAGAAGAUCAAAUGCGACGGGAAACAACCUUGCACACACUGUACUGUUUACAGCUACGACUGCACAUACGAUCAACCUUCCAACAGGAGGAGAAAUCCCGCACCACAAUAUAUCGAGGCCUUGGAGACACGGCUGCAACGGACCGAGACGCUACUCCGAUCAGUAUUGCCGAACGUCGACCUCAACGACGCCAAUAUAGAUGCCCUUAUCCAAAAACGCCUUCAAGCUGGCAAUGGGGAGGAAAUCCAAAUAAACCAAGCCGAAACAUCAGGGGGAAAAUCCGAUGAAUCUGAUCAUGAGGCGCAACUGCGCUCAAUGAUUGAAUCUACAGGGCAGUUGGACCUCGAUGAAAGCGGGCACUGGGAUUUCCAUGGAGGAUCGGCAGGUAUCGUGUUUGUCAAGAGAAUGCGAGAACAAUUUGGCGAUCUCCUUGGGGGUUAUGACCAUCGUGGUCCUUUACUCCCAAGGCUUUCCCGCCCUGUCGUUCCGAGUAUCGACUCUCCCAGAUCCAUGACAGAAAGUCCAAUGGACGGCGGUCUGCCCAAUAUCGUGGAUCUCCCAUCCCGGGAGACUGCGAAGAUUUUGUGUGGAGACUCGCUUGACUGCGGAUGUUCUCUCUUACGGUUUGUCCACCAUCCGAGUUUUUAUGAAAUGUGUGAUAGGAUUUACGAUACACCCCCUGAUCAGUUCGGGGAUAAUGAGAACCGAUUUCUACCUCUUCUAUAUAUGGUUCUGGCACUUGGGUGUUUGUUUCAUAAUGAGCCAAGUCGGGCUCACAAGGGGGACCCUCAAAACACCUACAAGAACGGAAUCGAACUAGGAUUGAAAUACUAUCGAGCAGCACGCAGCAUGGUCGAACCCACAGAUUGCCGUGAUCUUACAUCUUUACAGGCUGUCAUCUUCAUGACUCUCUUUCUUCAAGCGUCUUCAAACUUGAGCACCUGCUACUCGUAUGUUGGAGUCGCUCUGAGAUCUGGCCUGCGCAUGGGCCUUCAUCGAAGUCUGGCUGGAAACUUCAAUCCCAUCGAGCGCGAGACCAGGCGCAGAGUCUUCUGGGUCAUCCGUAAAAUGGAUAUAUACGUCUCUGCUCUUUUGGGGCUUCCUCAAAUGCUUAGUAGUGAUGACAUUGAUCAAGAGCUGCCAAUUGAGGUAGACGACGAGUAUAUAACGAAGGACGGCGUCAUCGACAUGCCCCCCGGGAAAUUCUCACUGAUUCUCGCCGCAUCUAACGCUCAUACCAGGCUAAUGUCUAUUCUGGCGAAGGUCGUCAAGUACAUCUACCCGACAAAGGGUCUAGAACAGUCGCUUCAAGGAAGCACCAAGUCUUCGUACGUGAUCAGCCAUGCCAAGAUCAGGGAAAUUGAGCGUGACCUCGCACAUUGGUUAGAUAAGUUGCCCAUGGUUUUGCGACCUGCAGGAGAAGGCCCACCUGAGGUUCUUCGUGUGCAACAACUUCUCCGACUGUCCUAUGCUCAUUGCCAGAUGAUGCUUUAUCGACCAUUCUUACAUUAUGUGUCAUCUAGCGCAUAUGUAGGUAAGACCAUUGACGAAAGGUCGUAUGCGUGUGCAGCCGCGUGCGUUAGUGUAUCGCGAAAUGUUGUUCACAUCACCACGGAGAUGGAGAGACGAGGUUUGCUUAUCGGUGCUCAUUGGUUUACGAUGUACACCACAUUUUUUGCAAUCAUAUCCCUUGUGUAUUUCGUACUCGAAAACCCCGACAAGGCAGGGUCACACGAGAUUCUUGCUGAUGCAAACGAUGGGAAGGAUGCUCUGGAUGGCCUUGCAAGGGGGAGUCAGGCAGCUGAUAGGUGCUCCACCGCUUUGGGGGGGCUGUUCGAGAAAUUGCCCGAAACACUAAAAGGCUCCAAGGUGCCCAAACAGCAGAAUAAGCGUUCCGCUCCAGAAUCCUCUCUCCCAGGGCAGCGAAACCUACACAGCUGUCCCGAGCACCCUGAUCCUGCAUUGAGUAUCUCACGAGCAACGGCCUUCCCUAUGAAAGCUCCCGCCCAAUCAGGAGCCCUAUUAAGAACCACUCCAGACGGCGACAGCUUCCAAAACAACACAUCAUCGAGCCCCAACCUUCGCCAAAGCUUCCACGACCUAGUCUCGCCAACCACAGACAUGUCUCCUAUCAAUACCCCUUGUUCCAACACAAUAGGCACUAUGCGCCCCUCACAGUACUCCAUGCAUCCACAAUUCGGCCUCAGCACGGCCGUCCCCGAAUUCAGUGCGAUGAUGUUCCCGUCUAACGAUCCAUUCGCGUAUCCGAACCAGCCGAUGAUGCAGUUUGACAAUAUCAAGCAGGAGGGCAUGGGCAACAUGGCGAACGGGACUCAAGUUCUUCCUUUAAAUCUGGCGAAUAGUCCCAGCCGCGAGUACGACGACCUCCAAGGGCAGCUGUUCGGGCCGCUCCCGCCGUACCUUUCGCAGACGCAGCAGGGGUUUGGCAUGCAAGGUUCGAUGGGAGGUGAAAACAUGAUGGGCCAGAAUCUGAGUUAUGCUACGGGCGUGCAGCCUGGAGAUGAUGGCAUGGUUUUCGAUGGGACUUUCCCUGGGCAGGCGGGUGAUGCUUGGGCAUCUUCAUCCUAA